UCUUUUCACCGUUGUUAAUAAACUCGGCAAAAUAGCUAAAUCCAUUUUACAAUUUCUAAAAAAGAAAAAAUCACAUCAUAGUUCAGGAACGGCAAGCGGCAGCGGCAGCGGAUCAGAGGGCAAGUUACAGCAGCAGCACAGCAACGAGGAGGAAGGCGGUGGUGCAGGGGGAGGACAGCAGGAAGCAGCCGCCGCUAGCCACAAAAUAACGCCGCCGACCACAACAACAAAAACAAAUACACAAGCAGCAGCAGCAACAACAGGAACAGCAAAAUCAAUAACAGACGCAACAGCAACAACAGAGACUGUUAACAGUGAGGAGCAGGCAGGCAACAGUAACAGCAACAGCAACAACUCACCCCAAGCUCAAGUCUCGGCCAGCGCCACGUUUCGUUUGUCAUCGUUGACGGGAACAAUCUCAAAAAUGGGCAACAACGCGACCACAUCCAAUAAGAAGGUGGAUGCGGCCGAAACGGUCAAGGAGUUCCUUGAACAGGCCAAGGAGGAGUUUGAAGAUAAAUGGCGUCGCAAUCCAACCAAUACUGCUGCCCUGGAUGAUUUCGAGAGGAUUAAAACACUGGGCACGGGCUCCUUUGGACGUGUCAUGAUCGUUCAGCACAAGCCAACAAAAGACUAUUAUGCCAUGAAGAUAUUGGAUAAGCAGAAGGUCGUUAAACUGAAGCAGGUCGAGCAUACGCUCAAUGAGAAACGCAUCCUGCAGGCCAUACAAUUUCCAUUUCUUGUCUCGCUGCGGUAUCAUUUCAAGGAUAACUCGAAUCUUUAUAUGGUUCUUGAGUAUGUACCGGGCGGUGAGAUGUUCUCGCAUCUACGUAAAGUCGGACGCUUCUCGGAGCCCCAUUCGCGUUUUUAUGCGGCACAAAUUGUGCUUGCCUUUGAGUAUCUGCAUUAUCUGGAUCUCAUCUAUCGCGAUCUGAAGCCGGAGAAUCUGUUGAUUGACUCACAAGGCUAUUUGAAGGUCACCGAUUUUGGUUUUGCCAAACGGGUCAAGGGUCGCACCUGGACGCUUUGCGGUACACCCGAAUAUCUGGCACCCGAAAUCAUAUUGUCCAAAGGUUAUAACAAGGCCGUCGAUUGGUGGGCGUUGGGUGUUUUGGUCUAUGAAAUGGCAGCCGGUUAUCCGCCAUUCUUUGCGGAUCAACCGAUACAAAUCUAUGAGAAGAUCGUCUCUGGCAAGGUGCGUUUCCCAUCGCACUUUGGCUCCGAUCUGAAGGAUCUGUUGCGCAAUCUGUUGCAAGUGGAUCUGACCAAACGUUAUGGCAAUCUGAAAGCGGGCGUGAAUGAUAUUAAGAAUCAGAAAUGGUUCGCCUCCACGGACUGGAUUGCGAUCUUCCAAAAGAAAAUCGAGGCGCCGUUUAUUCCACGGUGUAAAGGUCCUGGCGAUACAAGCAAUUUCGAUGACUACGAGGAGGAGGCCCUGCGAAUUUCCAGUACCGAAAAGUGCGCCAAGGAGUUUGCUGAAUUCUAAAAGAUGCACACAUUUGUCGCAUUCUCGUCACCUUCGUUACCAUCGUCGUUGUUGUCGUCGUCUCGUCUAUAUGUCUACUACUUACUACUAGUACUACAACUACAACUACAACUGAAACUAUUACAUCUACUUGCGUCUAGCUGGGCAUAUACUUAUUAUAUAAACAAGUCAUCAUCUAGAUACCAAAUUGGAUUUCCCACACCACUAAAACAACAAAUUAUCCAACUUUUAGUGGAACUUCAAUGCUCCCCUCAGAACACUGAUGAACGUAUUUUCGAAGCAGCCUUUGAAUGAGCUUCAGCAAAAGCUCAAAGAUUUUAAUAAUAUUACGUACAGCAGCUAAACAAACAGGGUGUGAGAGAGAAGAAGUAAGAGAGAAUUAGUGAAUGAGAGGAGCAAUCAACUAUAACAUCAACAAUAAAAACAAAAUAAUGAUUAACAACAAUUUAUGGUAAAACACACACAUAAAUAAUCAUUCAUAACAUAUAGCGUAUACUAUAACCACGAGACUACAGAUAUUUAGUUGUAAAGUACAUAGUUUAGUUUAACAAACAAAAAGAAAGAAAAAAAAAACCAAAACACAAACUAAAAAAAAAACACGAAAAACAUAGCAACGGCGAAAAAUGGGCAAAAAAGAGGAAAAAAUUUGUUUUUAAGUCAACAGCAGGCAACACUCCCAACAACAACAACAAGAUCAAGAAAGUCUAUGUGAAAGUAUGAAACGCUUUAUUAAUUUUUAAACUAAAUACAAAUAAAAUUAUGGCGCACUUAGUGCGCUUGACAAAAAAAAACAACAGCAAAAAAUGCAAAUGAGAAAAAUUAAUAGAAGAAGAUAGAAAGGCGAAUAAAACAGAGAUAAUUUAUGUUUUCUCUCGGCAAAGUUCUCACAUGCUUGCAUACUCGUAAAAAAUGGAGAGCGGUAAAAACAGGUCAAGCAAGUGUUUCGAUUUUUGGCGUUAAUUAUACGAUUUCAGUGUUGGUUAACAAGCAAACUUUCACAUUUUGCAUUGCAAGUAUUGUCAAAUGCUUGAACAUUGGUAAUGCAUAAUAACAAUACAGUUUAGUGUUGCCAAAGCCAAAUACUUAAAAAAAAAAAAAAAAAAAACAAACGCUGAAUUUCUUAUGUGCCCAUUAAUCCCCGCUCCCCGUCCCCGCCCCUGCUACUUACUGAGCUUACGUUUAGCUCUCGAUGUUUUAGGCGUUCUAGACAUACGGGUACAUAUGUACUAUAAAUGUUGUACAAUCAGCGACGACGUGCAACAAUAAAAUACAACAGAUAAAAAAGAGUACACAAAA